AUGGCGAACACCGCAAUCCACAAAUCUUCAAUGGCAUGGAACAGUGCGCACUCGCAUAUGACGCAUACAGAGUACUCGUCGGGGGCAUCGCCACUGACGAAGCUCGUGAUCUUCGGGUACGGCACCAGACGCGAAAACGGUCGAGGGCAUCGACGGGGAGUCUUCUGUACUCGUCUAGUGCGUGUACAGAGCGAUGCAGCAACAGUUCAAGCGCCGGAGGGCAGUACUCGUACGAGGAAGCACGCUGGAGACAAGGCAGCAUCUGACCAUAGUCGGGUGUGA